GAUUCUGACGAAGAGUUUGUUUCUCUUCGGUGUAAUGAUUGCUGCGUAAAUUUUACCAGUAAGCAUUAUUUGUACGCGCAUCUUUUUCACCACAUUAGACAACCCAGUAUAGUCCUGGAACGCAUUCAGUUGCCACCUCUAAAAAUCACUCUUAAAAGUAAGAGUGAUAACAGCUUUGAAAUCGUUAGUUCGCCACAGCGACAGAGCCCAAAGCUCAGUAAUUCAGAUACAGAAGACAAAUCACCGGCUUCCAAUCUGGCAGUGAUAAAAGAAGAAAUUGACAGCGAGGAUCUUCCCCAACCUGAGCAUGCUCAAAAGCCUCCCGUGCAGCCCACUCCUUCCAAGACACCUGAGCAAACCGCUGAUGACGACAUGAUCAUCGAGGAGCCCGGGAUGAUUUAGUUUUGUCCCCAAGCUUUGCAGCUGUCGAGGAACUAAUUCGUGGUGCAUCUCCAACAGCUAGCGACAGUGGUUUUACGUCCUCUACUGCAACUACAGAUGGCAUACCUACUGGUAGUUCGAAUAGCGAAAGCAACACCUCCGAUUAUGGCAGUGUACCAGGAGCCGAACCAACCCCUCCACCGGAACCAACUCCGGUGGAAUAUCCCAAAAUCAGAAUUAAAACCACAGGCUUACUUAAAGAACCGUUAACCAUUACAGAGAUCACUGAUGAUAAUCCAAAUGGAGAUCCAAAUUACAAUCAAUCCUCUGAUCAAUCAAACCUUUGGUCAACUAAUUCCAACUUAGAAGAUCCUUUAAAGUUACCAGAUCAUGAUGACAACAAUAUUAUGUCAUUAUUUAAUAACAAUGAACGUGCAAAAGACUUGGGUUUCCAUUCCAGUGAUAGCGAAUUUAUUUCCCUCGAUAGGCUGGAAGAUAGAAAUAGAGGGGCUAUGCAAUUGUACAACCCAUCCAACAACCAAAAUCAGAAUGCACUAGAUACUUUGACUGGUUUGCCUAUGCAAGCUUUGGCUCAGCAGGUAUCUCGACUACAAUCAUCCUCUUCUUCAAAUGGGCUACACCAGCAAAAUGUUUUAAUAAAUAUACAGCAGUUUCCAUCUGGACCUCCACAGCCAUCUUAUCAACCACCUCCUAUGUAUCCAUAUCCUCCACAGCCGAUGCCACAACCAUAUCAAUACCAGCCAUCUUAUAGGCCCCCAAACCCGAUGUAUUAUCCACCAGGGCCACCAGGAUAUCCUCCUCAACACAUGCCGCCUCCACCUCAGCCCCAGUUAACGCAAUUAGGACAACCGCCAAUGAAUCAACAGCCCAUGAACCAACCUCCUAUGAAUCAACCUCAGAUGAACCAUAAUCAAAUGCCACCUUCGUCGCAGCCCCAAAACAUGAAUCAGCCGAUGCAGCAACAGCCGACCCCUUACAGACAGCCGAUGCCCCCUAGACAGCCAGCUCCGAGACCACCACAACCUGCUAAUAGAAUGCCGAAUCCGCCAAGACCUCCCAUGGCUCAACGUCAACCUGUCUCGAGACCUAGGGCUCCCAUGGUGAGGCCACGAAGUGCAACUGGAAUGACAGCGGUGAGAUCUGUAAGGCCACGAAUGACAACUCCUCAGAAUAAUAUUCGACCUCAAAAUUCACCAGUAAAACGUACUCCAGAGCAAGUUCAACAAAUGCAGACGAAGAAAAAGAAGUUCGAUUUGCUUACGCCCGAUAAGGACGACGAUGACUGUCAAGUGAUUUGUAUGCAGCCUAAAAAUACCGACGGGGGAUUACCACAAAUCGAGAGUGUGUUGGGUGGUACAUCUGAAACAGCCGAAAGCAGUAUUAUGCAUCUCUCAGAUUCAAUAACUUUAAGCGUACGAAAUCCACCCCCCAAACAGGCAGAAAGUCCCAAAAAAUCAGAUGCCAAAGCCGUAGCAAACAUUUUAGCGACGAGAGGUAUAACUGUCACCGCUACAGCCAAACCGAAGGAGACUGUCAAGGAAUCUCCGCCUAAAGCAGCCGCACCAAUCCCUACGCCGAUUAAUUUAAAUGGCGCAGUCAGUAUUAUUCCCGCUGCGAAAACAAAUGGAAAUCAGGCCAAACCCGCAGUGACGGAAUCAUUACCAACAGUAGACUUAACGGACGAUUCUCCAACACCACCAGCAGCUUCAUCGCCCCAGAAACAACGGCCGGGCCUACCUUUCCGGUGUGACCUAUGCCCCGCUCAAUAUCCUAAUUCGGUCGGCCUCAACAAACAUAGACAAACCUACCACAAGACCACAAGUGGCAUGGCAGAAUUGGGUAUACCAGUCAUCAAUUUGAAAACUCCCGGUGUCAUGCAAAAGCUGUCAAAUCUGGGUAUAUGUAAUUAUAUUCCUUUACCGUCUCAAAAUACAGCUGAUGGGACGUUUGCGGUACCUAUUAUUAAUAGCAGAAACCCAGCUAAUCUCUCAAGUAUAGGUUCGACGACGAUGAUUUCUCUAGGGCCUAUCAGAAGUAUACCGAAGCCCCAAAAUAAUGUUAAUAAACAACUAAAUAGUCCGCAAAAAUCGUAAUUUUGUAUUGA